UAUCAACCGUCGAAUAAUUAUCGGUUUUCAACUCUAUACGUAUAUACCCUCCAUCAUCAAGUUUUCCCACACCCCUGAUCGAUCUAUUUCCAUUCUCGAUGUCAACACUCCAUCAAGUGAUUUUCCAAAUUUUGAUAUUUGUGGUCAUUCUCAUGGUUUAGUUUGUCUUUCGUACGAUAGAGAUAUUUUCCUCUUUAAUAUGACGACCGAAAAGUUUCGUAAGCUUCCAUCAUCGAUUCUUCACAAUGAAGAUUCCUAUGAAAUGUUUGAUUCAUUAACAAGCGGUGUUGGAUUCGGAUAUGAUUCCAAAUCUGGGGAUUUCAAAGUUGUUAGGGUUGUACAAUUCCCCGACGAAGAGGGAGUCUAUAAUCUUCGACCACUUCGAGUGGAGAUUUGGGAGUUGAGGAAAGAAAGAUGGAGGGAAAUUGAAUCCCCUAAUUUUAGGUAUUUAAUGAUAACAGGGGGUUGUGAGAUGCAUCAUGAAGGAAAAUCUUAUUGGUGGUCAAAUAAUAGAGAAGGAAAUAUUAUACGCACGUUUGACAUGAGCGAAGAAAUUUUUGGCAAAAUUCCAGUACCGAACAAUUUAGUGGAGGAGGAUGUGAUGUUAAACCCUAAUAUAAGUAUGGAGAUGUUGAAUGGAUCAAUUGUUAUAUUUUACGGCUCAAACGCAAGGAAUGAAAAAACGUUCUCGGUUUGGGAGAUGGAGAAAGAUGUCUUUUCAUGGUCAAAACUAAUGACAAUUGGUCCUUUUUUUGGAGUCGAGAAGCCAUUGUUGUUUGUGAGUUCAGAUGAACUUUUAAUGGAAGCCGACGAAGGACAAGUGAUUUCUUACCAUGUUAAGACUCACGUGACCAAAGUUCUUCCCAUAAAAGGGCGUCCAUGUGUGUUCGCGGAUACUUUUUUUGACUUUAGUUAUGGUCCACCACCCUUACCAAUGUAG